AUGUCCGAUGAGAAAACAAAGCGCAGGGUGGCUGUGAUAGGGGCGGGUGUAGCAGGACUCUGUUCAUUGAAGAAUAUGGAAGGUUACAGAUGUGACGUUUGCGGGAAAAGGUUUGCAAGGGAAGAUAAUCUUGCACAGCACAGAAAAAAGCACGAUCUGUAUCAAUGUUCAGAUUGUCCUCAGGCCUUUACAACGGAGAAUAAUUUAGAAUUACAUCGCUAUCACCGUCAUGGUCAAUCUGGAAGAGGGAAAAAGAGAACAAACGAAUCUCCUCAAUCCGGACCUUCGAUGAAAAGACGAAUUACCAAGAUGGAUGACCCUACAGAAAACUACAGAGUUACUCCUCUUGGUGAACAAAAAAUGCGGAAAUUUAACACCACGGCAAACAGAUAUCGAGUUCAGUUUCAAGACCUGGAAAUCAGAAAUCUACCUAAUAUUCUACAAAGUCUGCGUCGCCUCUUUUCCUCGAUGAUUAAAGAUUUGACAGGAUUCAUGGACACCAGAGACUUAAUUCGUUUAACUGUGCAGUGUCCAGAGCUGGAUUACCCCAUAAGUCUACCCUUCAUGCGGGUUUCACAGCUAUCGGCGGAUCGUCUUCUCACCGAAAUAGAACGCGUGCUGCAAUCUUAUGAGGAAUUUGUCUUAAAUCAGUCAUUAGAGAUUGAAGUGAUCCAUGUCAAACUGCCCUCUGGAAAAGGACAUGAAAAGAAAAGCUACGUUGAUCUUGAGAAGUCGCUGAAAGAAAAGAGAAGCUUCAUCAAGAUUAUCAAUAGAGACCAUUUAUGUUGUGCAAGAGCCAUUGUGACGGCCAAAGCUAGAAUUGACAACCAUCCAAAAUGGAAUUCGAUUCGAACAGGUAGAAGUAUACAGAGAACCCUAGCCGAAGACUUGCACAAAAUUGCCAAUGUGCCUUUACGGCAGUGCGAUUUGGAUGACGUGAAGGCCUUUCAGUUGGCGUUGCCUGGAUACCAGAUCCACGUUGUCUCUAAAGAUUGCUUCAACGCCAUCGUGUACCAAGGCCCAGAGGCAGAGAAGAAGAUCUACUUGUAUCAUCACAAGAAUCAUUAUGAUGUGAUUACUACGAUGUCGGGGUUCUUAAACAGGAGUUAUUUUUGCCAGAAAUGCCAGAAAGGAUUUAACACCAAAGAAAAGCAUAUCUGCAAUGAACCAUGCCAUCUAUGCCACAGAUGCCAUGACGACCAAUCAGAAGACUGGCAGUAUUGCUUCACGUGCAAUCGUCAUUUCAAGAAUACGACCUGUUUCCAACUUCACGCUGAAAUGUCCUCUCAAGGCAAUUCAACCUGUCAGACUUACUAUCGUUGCAGUCAGUGCUCCACCACAGUGAACAGAAACAAAUCAAAACAACCGCACGUGUGUGGAAACAAAUACUGCGACAUUUGCAAGUUGUUUAUGUCCCAAGAUCACGUGUGUUACAUGAAAACCACGGCAGAGGAAGAAGAAACGAAGCUGUUGAAAAGAAAACGGAAAAUAACAGUAGAUGGAGACGACGACCAACUCAAACAGUGGAUAUUUUUUGAUUUUGAAUGCACACAGGAAGACAUGAUCCAGUGUGAUGAGGGUUUUUUCCCCCAAAUAUCCAUCAAGUGUGGAAAUUGUCAUCGCAAAAACUGUCACUCGAAUCCGUGCGAACAGGGCUUUAUUCCGAGGAAAAUCACUUCCUGCAAAAAUUGCAACCAAUCAUCGUGUGGUUCAUUUCGACACGUGCCAAAUUUAUGUGUCGUUCAUAAGGUGUGCGAAGAAUGCAUUGACGAAGACGAGAUCAACGAGAAUAGCUACUGUUCAUUAUGCCAAUACAAGCAACGAUUAUUCAACGGUCCAAACACUCGUGACGAUUUCUGUAAAUGGUUGUUCUCGGAGGAAAACGAAGGAGCCAAAGUGUUCUGUCAUAACUUUCGAGGGUACGAUAGCUAUCCCAUCGUCAGUUACUUGUACGAGAACGCUAUCUUGCCGGAGGUCAUCAUGAACGGAUCCAAAUUCAUGAGCAUCGAGAUACCUCGUCUCAAAAUUAAAUUCCUGGAUUCCAUGAAUUUCAUACCCAUGGCUCUCUCAAAGAUGCCAAAGGCGUUUUACAUACCUGAAGUCGCCAAGGGCUAUUUUCCACACCUAUACAAUCGAAAAGAAAAUCAGAGGGUUAUCAUGAAUCAACUUCCAGACGUACAGUUCUAUAAUCCAGAUGGUAUGAUGCCCGAUGAUCGCACCAAGUUUCUCCGAUGGUACGAAGAACAUCAACACGAUAGUUUUGAUUUUCAGAAAGAAAUAAUCAAAUAUUGUCGGUCUGACGUCGAUAUCCUCAGGCGAGGGUGUCUCAAAUUCCGCGACAUCUUCAUGGACAUGACGUCACGAGAUGAUCGGGACGGAGUUGACCCUUUCGAACGCUGCAUCACCAUUGCCUCGGCUUGUAAUCUGGUAUUUCGCAGUCUGUUUUUGGAAAGAGAGUCUAUCGGCAUUAUACCACCCCAAGGGUAUAGACCGAAAGACAGACAGUCCGUCAAGGCCAUGCAGUGGAUAAAAUACCAUGCUCAUCAAACAAACGUAGAGAUUCAACAUGCAGACAACGUAGGGGAAAAAACAAUUGGUCCGUACAGAGUCGAUGGAUACUAUGAAAUAGGGAGUCAGAAAAUAGUGAUGGAAUUCCAUGGUGAUUAUUGGCACGGUAACCCCAAAUGCUAUUCUGCCAACACCCUCAAUAAAGUCGUGGGAAUGACCAUGGGAGACCUCUAUCAGAGAACCUUGGAAAAGAGAAGGUACUUGGAAUCUUUGGGAUAUACUUAUCUGCAGAUGUGGGAGUCUGAUUUUGAUCGGGCCGUAGAGUCCACAGACGAAAUGAAGUCUUUUAUAGAGCACCUAGAGUUAACCUCGCCCUUACAACCUAGAGAUGCCUUUUUCGGCGGUAGAACCGAAGCUUUUAAACUGCAUGCCCAGGCAGAUGAAGACACCGAUAUCAAAUAUUUUGAUGUGACUUCUCUUUAUCCCUUCAUCAAUAAAACGGGCAAGAUUCCAUUGGGACGCCCUCAGAUCGUGACUGAAAAUUUUGAUCUUCUUCAAAACUACGAAGGCCUCGUCAAAUGCCGCAUCCUUCCCCCAAAAGAUCUAUACAUGCCAGUUCUUCCAUCGAAAAUCAACAAUAAGCUCCUGUUUGGCCUCUGUCGAACGUGCACGGAGAAACACAUACAGACCUGUGAGCACACCGAUCGGGAAAGAACGAUUACUGGAACCUGGGUCACCGACGAGGUCAAAAAAGCCGUAGAAAUGGGUUACGUAAUAGACAAGAUUUUCGAAGUGUGGCAUUUCGAUCGUAUAUCACAGUACGAUCCACAAGCAAAAUCGGGCGGAGCAUUCACCGACUACGUCAAUACAUUUCUCAAAAUGAAGCAAGAGGCAUCCGGUUGGCCAAAAUGGUGUCAAACGGAAGAAGACAGACACAAGUACAUAGAGGAAUAUCACCAAAGAGAAGGAAUUCGUCUCGAAUAUCAUAAUAUCGUAUCGAACCCAGGUCUCAGAGCGCUGGCAAAACUUAUGCUCAAUAGUUUUUGGGGUAAAUUUGGUCAGCGAGAAAACAUGCCCAAAACAACGUACGUGACAGAUCCCUGCGAAUAUUUCGAUAUGUUGACUAGCAAUUACCAACAGGUCAAAGACGUCAGCUAUGUGUCCGAAGAGAUGGUACGACUCCAGUGGGUCUUAGACGACGAUUUUGUGGAGACCAGUGGUCGAACCAACGUGGUCAUCGCAGCGUACACUACGGCCCAGGCCCGUCUAAAAUUAUACUCCUAUCUGGAAAAAUUAGGCGAUCGGACUCUAUAUGCUGACACGGAUUCGGUCAUCUUCACCGCACGGGCUGGGGAAUGGUCGCCGCCUCUGGGUGAUUACUUGGGGGAUAUGACAGACGAGACCCCCGGUAAGAAAAUCCUUUCCUUUGUCACCGGCGGACCGAAAAAUUAUGCGUAUACCGCCCAAGACCAAGAUGGGAAGAUAAGUACCUGUUGCAAAGUUAAAGGUAUCACACUGAAUUACAAGAACAGUUUGGAUAUCAACUUUGAUACCAUCAGAAAUAUGAUCACUUCCAGCGAAGCGUCUGUCGUCACGGUCCGGAACGAUUACAAAAUUGCCCGAGAUUCCAAAACCACAGAAAUCAUCACCAGAAAGGAAAAUAAAGACUACAAACUUGUUUUUGACAAAAGAGUCUUGCAAAGUGGAUUGAUAUCGGUACCAUACGGAUAUUUGAAUGUAUCAUAG